AUUCCCGAGAACUGAAAAGUCAGUUUUCAGUAUUUAAUCCCCAUCGCGUGUCACCAAACCUUACUAGAAUGAGACGUUCACAUCUUUCGCCAUUUUAUAACUGACCAUAUGGAAAGUAAUGAACCAUCCAGAACGUUACUUCCCACAUUGCUUUAUCUGUGCAGCAAAGAGCAACAGUGGCUACUCAUUUUUGCUCGUUCUGUUUCUACAGUACAAUGGAAACCAAAACAUCACAGAGAAAUAGCACCGGCUACAGAGGAGUGAGGAGACGGCCAUGGGGAAGGUUCUCGGCUGAAAUAAGAGACUGUGCCAGCAAGAGGAGGCACUGGCUCGGUACAUUUGAUACAGCUGAAGAAGCUGCGAAAGCUUAUGAUUCUGCUGCCAGGAGGCUGAAGGGACCAAAAGCCAAGACCAAUUUUCCCGCAGAAAGCGAACUCCCAGUAAAUAGUUCCCCACAGGAUCUCCCUGAACAAGAACAAGCCUUCGACAUUGAUGAAUUCGUCUUGGAGUUGAUCACCUCGGUUGGGAACAACCAACAUGGUUUUGUCAUUGAGAACUUCAGGGCAUGGGCUAGACAUCAUGUGUUCGGUGACCAUUCAAACGCGAGCACCAGAGAUAUCCCUGUCUGUAUUGGGACAGAUACAUUUCUAUGUCAAUUAUGAACAGUGGUAGUCAUGCAUGAUCGUUUUGUGUGUGUUUCAUAGAGAGAGAGAGAGAGAGAGAGAGAGAGAGAGAGAAUUAACGUAUAUGAUUUACAACACAAGCUACUAUAUGAUGUUUAUUAGGUGCAAGAAGUAACAACAGAAGCAUGAUUCUCUGGUCCAUAGGAAUCCAACUAUGAAUUACGAACUGCACAUACAAUCUGGAAUAGGGUACGUAUAUAUUGAUUGAUUUGGCUUCCGCAACCUGAUCUCCCCUUGUCUGUUUUUGU